UCUAACUCAUUCAUCUCGAAGCCGGCUGGAGAACUUUAAGGUAAAACUUCCAUCGCAACCUUUCCCAUUGCUUUCUCCUCUCCGCCAUACCCCGUGCCAGGCCUAAGCGUUGAACAUGCCGCCCGCAUCUCGGCCUUUAUGCAGGAGUUGCACAACGCUGCCCAGUGGCCAGGGCCAUCCCCCUUUCGAUGACGAGACGCUCGCUCUUCGCAUUCUGGAAGCCGCCAACGCAGACGCAGACCUUGAUCCCUCCCACAUCACGUCGCCCUUCUCCGCCAACAGCACUGCCCCCGUCGCCUUGGACGCUGGUGGGCCCAUCGCGACAAGUUUGAUGGGCUCGAGAAGCUGAUGCUGGAUGACAUCGAGUCGCCCCAGAAGCAGGUCGACAAAGGCAAGGUGCCCAAGCCUCCACCGGCCGUGUUCGAAGACCCGGUCGACGAGAACCUUCAAGGCUACGACGACACGGAAGCACUCGGGAAUUUCGCCUACCUCAAGGACGGGCACUCAAUCUGCACUAUGCUCACCAACGUCGCCCUCAUGGAAACCCACCCUGGCGGCUUCGACAAUACCACCGUGGCCGCAGAGGCGUUCAACGUCCAAGCGCAGGAGACGUACAGGGCCAUGGUCAGAGGUAUGGCGGGCGUUUACAACUUUGGCGAGGGCACCCGCAGCAAGCACGACUUCACCGUCCCUCCCCCAGAGCCAAGUCCACGAGAAGCUGCUCGAGACCAUGUUUGAGGGCUUGAGGCUGGACGACGCCCACAAGAUGGAAUCGACAGCCAGAUCACCAGCUUUGUCAAAGCCCUCAGGAACAUCACCAUCGACGGUGAGCAUAUCAAGCUCGAGUUUGCCCUCCGCAUCGAGCUCACCCCGGCCGCCAACAUCACGGCCGACAACGCGAACCCAAUCUGGGCGUUCGAGCCCACCACGUACCUCAUCUACCUCACCAUGGAUGUCAACGCCUUUGUCCAAUCCAUCAGCAAGAGAAACAGCGAGAACAGAGUCUGGCUCAAGUAAGCGUACACGCAUGUCGUCACCAAGGCCGAGCUCAACGUCGGCCGCUUCCUCAAGCUCAGGCCCAAGUACGAUCUCAUGUUCCAAAAGGCCACCGGCAUGAAUCUGAAACAUUAUGGCGACCUGCUCAGCAAGUCGGUCAAGAAACGAGCUUGACCAUGUGUGUAACCGCGGCUCCUGGUUGGAAUUGAUGAGUGUGUGCAAUUGCGGUCGAGCCUUGUCUGCCUGACCAUCUUCCAUUUUCUUCCUGUCUUAUGGCUGAGCCCAGCCACUGCAAGUGGUUUUAGUUUGUCAGGUAGUCGAAGGUACCUUGGAAACCAGAGCAAUAGCGACAGGUGCAAAAAAAGAGGCCUUAUACUUUACCUGCCUUUCAAACCUCAAAAGCCUGACGUGUCGCCCUGUCACCUAGGUAGAUACGGUACUUUAUUCUCGG